GCGAGCCAUAAAUGUGAUGCUCUUGCUCAUCAUCAGUGGCAUACUCCUCGUUUCAACAACUGUCCCUGAGCGCAAGUGCCCUUUGCUUUGCCUGUCUUGCUGUCUGAAGCUGAGCUUCUUCAGAGACAAAACCAGAAGCGUCACUAGCUUGUGCCCUUUCUCUUGGUACUCACUGUCUCAUACAGGGUAGGCUAAGGAUUUAUGAGUGACGAUAGGAUGGAGGAAAGGCUUCUUGGUACAGAAUCAAACGACACAAGUAGUCUGACAGGGAAGGUCUGGGAGGAAUCAAGGAAAGUAUGGAGAGUUACCUUCCCUGCUAUGUUGGCCAGAGUGACCUCCUUUGGAAUCUUUGUAGUGAUGCAAGCGUUCAUCGGGCACAUUGGCAAGACAGAGCUUGCCGCUUAUGCGCUCAUUCAAAUCAUUGGCAUACGAUUUGCCAAUGGAAUAACAGCGGGCAUGUCAAGUGCAACUGAAACAUUAUGUGGACAAGCGUUUGGUGCAAAGCAAUACCACAUGUUAGGUAUUUACUUGCAAAGAUCUUGGAUCAUCAAUCUGGUCACCGCAACCAUCUUGGUCCCAGUCUUUGUCUAUGCCUCAUCCAUUUUCAAGCUUCUUGGCGAAGAAGAUGAAAUAGCCGAAGACGCUGGGUACAUUGCCCUGUGGUUCAUCCCAAUCAUCUACUCCUUUGUGUUCGGCAUGACCAUCCAAAAGUUCUUGCAGUGCCAGCUCAAGAACACCGUCGUAGGAUGGCUAUCCGCCAUCUCGUUUGGUAUUCAUGUCUUGUUGUCUUGGCUCUUUGUUUGCGUACUUGAUUGGGAAAUCCCAGGAGCAAUGAGUGCGAUGAUAAUAUCGAACUGGUUAGUUGUGAUUGGUGAGUUCGUGUAUAUGUUUGGAGGCUGGUGCGAAAGUACUUGGAAGGGUUUCACGUGGGCUGCAUUCGCCGAUUUAUGGCCAGUCAUAAAGCUUUCAGUAUCCUCUGGGAUUAUGUUAUGCUUGGAGUUGUGGUACAAUGCUGUCUUAGUCCUCUUGGCAGGAUACAUGACAAAUGCGGCCGUUGCAAUAUCUGCCUUCUCGAUUUGCCUCAACAUCUGGGCUUGGGAGUUCAUGAUGUGCCUCGGUUUCCUAACUGGAGCUAGCGUGCGGGUUUCCAAUGAAUUGGGGAGAGGAAAUGGGAAAGGGGCGCUCUUCGCCAUUAAAGUCAUCUUGGGCACCUCAAUUAACAUUGGAGUUGUCUUCUGGAUCUUGUGCCUAGUUUUCAGUGGACAGAUUGCCUACAUAUUCACAAGUGAGGAAGACGUUGCGGAAGAGGUUUCAAGCCUCUCAGUUCUCCUUGCCUUCUUGGUUUUACUCAACAGUGUUCAGCCAGUGCUCUCAGGUGUGGCGGUAGGUUCCAGGAGACAAAGUAUGGUUGCCUAUGUUAACAUAGGUGCCUAUUACGUCAUUGGAGUGCCUCUAGGAGUUGUGCUGGCAUAUGUCGCCAAGUUGGAAGUUCAGGGUAUAUGGAUAGGGAUGAUAAUCGGAGUCGCAACUCAGACAGCGGUGCUCGGUUUUAUUACCUAUAGAACGAACUGGGACGAGCAGGUGGACAAAGCGUCAGAACGGCUCAAUAGGUGGUUCUUGAAAAGGCCAGAUGACAAUGGCGAGAGCUCUGCUACUGAACAGCUGAACGGAUGAGGGAAAACUGAAGAGUAAACAGUUUCAUCCCGGUUUGGUUCUCGGAUGCGAACAAGUUGUGUCUUCGUCAUUUUUUUCCCAUUUUUCCCCUCUAAUGGCGGCCACAGAUACAUUGACCAAACCCCGCCCUGACAAACAAAUCUUUCAGACCCCUCAUUUGUCAGUAACUGGGCAAAAUAUCGUUGUUGAAGAUGGAAAAACGUUCACACUACAGCGACCUUCAUCUAGCAGUUCUUGCUGUAACCAUCUCUGCUCCAACUCAAAAGAAAGCACGUAUUGCGGGUC